CGUCCGGUUUGUUUUAAUCCGCAAAUCGUACUCGCAUAGGUGAAGGUCAUCAGCUGGUUAAUUCUUGUUUCAACACAUGGCAGGCAUGGCGAAACAUCUUCUGAGUUUUGGGGUGCGUUCAUUCUUGCAACAGGCGAACUCCACACUAACGAAAUGUCAAGUUUCCAAACUAUCAGUGAAUUAUGCAAGGUCCUUCAGUUCAGCCCCAAAGCUGUUGAGUCCAAGAGUGCAGUACCCGGCACCUGAUUUCCAAGGAACAGCUGUUGUUGAUGGUCAGUUCAAGGACAUUCAGCUCAGUGAUUUCAAGGGGAAGUACCUCGUCCUGUUCUUCUACCCUCUUGAUUUCACGUUUGUGUGUCCGACGGAAAUCAUUGCGUUCAGUGAUGCCAUGGAUCGUUUCCGCCAGUUGAACACGGAGGUGGUAGGCGUGUCCACAGAUUCACAUUUCAGUCAUCUCGCCUGGAUCAACACUCCCAGGAAGCAAGGGGGUCUGGGAGGGCUGAAGUACCCCCUCCUGGCUGACUUCAAAAAGUCUGUUGCCAGGGACUACGGUGUGCUUGUAGAGGACAUGGGGGUUGCACUUAGGGGGCUGUUUAUCAUUGACCCCGCUGGUAUAGUCCGACAGAUGACCAUCAACGACCUUCCCGUGGGUCGCUCCGUGGAGGAGACGGUGAGACUGAUCCAGGCCUUCCAGUUUGUGGAGAAACAUGGAGAAGUGUGUCCAGCGAACUGGCAGCCUGAUUCUCCGACCAUCAAGCCCUCUCCAGAAGAUUCCAAGGAGUACUUUGAAAAAGUUAACUAAACCAAGCAAUUCGUCUCUCAGCCAAAGAGUAUAAGACAUAUUUACUCCAGUUACAUCCCAUUCUGACCUAUCUCCGAAUUGAGUUAAGAUGUAGACAUAUGGCUUUUCUACAGUAUUAUGCCUUUCGAGACUUGUGUCAGAAUUGUAUUGUUUCAUAUGGCAUUUAUCAACUGUUUAUUUUAUGAUCACGUGUGUGUUUAUUUUUGUGAUCUGGGAUGUGUGGUGUUUUUGCCAUGUUUCUAGCUGAUUUAACCAAGUGUCACAACACUGAUGCUGCAUUCAUGUGUUAUGUUAACCCAGAUAUUGGUAAAGGAUACCAAGAUAUUCAGGUUCUGAUAUGACUUCUUUAAGAGGCAUUUAGGAGUUGGAGUACUUUAGUUAAGAUAAGAUAUAUGGAUGAACAACUUCUUUAUUACAAUUACUGUAUUCGACGUAAUAAGCGCCCAUGGCGAUAUUUGCUACUAUGUUGGCAAGUGAACAAUCCCAAUUAGCACCCC